AGAGCCGCAUAGCUCGCAGUAUUUCUUGUUUACUAUUUCUGUUCUUCAGUGAUUCACGUAUUGUUUCCUCUCAUCUUUCUGCAACGAUGACGGAGACCGUUGCCAAAGCCGGUUUUCUGGAGACACCCUUCUCCCCUCACCCACACUCCGCAAAUGGCGCCCGCCUGUCAUCCGGCUCUCUCAUCUCCACCGGGACCGGUGCGGCGAAGCCUUCGGUGGCUGCCCCGGCGUCUCGCAAGCCCGCUCACAGCGCCUCCUUCGUCUCCGCGGCGGGCGACGCGGACCCUUACGCCCUCCUCUGCUCGAACCCGGCCCACGCCCCUCCGUCGCUGGCUCAGCGCACACACGGAACGGAGGCGCUCUUCCAGUACUACGCCCAGCGCGGCUACAAGGAGCUGCUGAUGGAGUCGAACAGCGCGGACGCCAGCAAGGCAGUGCAAAUGUGCCUUGCAGGUAAAGCCGACUCGAACGUGGAGGCCGCGGCGCUAAGCGCUGGCGGGCCCAUGGCAGAGAAGCACCUGUCCGGUAAACGAAGGCAGCCACAGCCGAAGCACAUACAGGCGAUUGAUCGCUGCCUUGCCGCUCCACCGACCGGCACGCCGGCGCCUCUUCGACUUCCUCGGGCGCAGGACAAGCACUCCUCUUACCUCUCCCAGCAGGCAGAUGAGGAGCGCGCACAGGCGCAGGCACAGCGCCGCGCACAUCUGCAUCAGCCGCCCACGGAGUCAGCCUACGUCGGCCGCUUCUACCCUGCUGGGGUCGAUGUGCUGCCGCACGUCAACGCAUUGCGUCUGACCGGCAGUACGAAGAAGGCGACAAAUACUUCUGCCAACGGCAGCCCCGUCGCUCGCUCCCCCUCCCCGGUCCUCAGUCAAAGCGCUUCUCUUGUCGGUGCCACUGCGCGCGGUCCGGCGCCGCCACUGUCCCCCAGCGGUGGCGUAUGGUCAUCCGGCUCGGCAAAGCUGGAGGUGACUGCACCACCCGACGGUACACCGACGACUGCAGCCCCGCCGUGCACACCAGAGGAGGUUGUGGCGCAGACGACGCAGCAGCGCGAUGGGUUGCACCUGUUGGUGCAGCAGAUUGAUGAGGCCUUCGUGGCCGCCUACCGCCUGCGCCACCCCGACGCGGCGAGGCGCCAGAGGGAGCGCGAGUCCGCCGCGGCGGCUCGUCUCUCCUCCCAAGCCGCCGCACAGCUCCUGGCGGACGGGCCAAAGAAGCGCAAGUCUACUGCCGCCAAGCGGGGAGACAGCGCGAAGAAGAAACGGAAGUCCACUGCGCUUGCCACCGCAACGCCUGCCGCAGUGGAAGGCAGCUUCCCGGCAAACCUGUCGCUCUUUCGCUCGUCGUUGCUGCUGUUGAGCAACGAAGACGGUGCCGUGACGCUGGACCAGCUGUGUACGAUGGCCGCUGACGUGCCUUUCAACGUCCCUGUUGUCUCCGUUGUGGGAGGAGGCGCCGCCGCCGUUGCGUCCGGCAGCGCCGUCCAGCGGCUCUUCCGCGUGCUGAACGCAAACACGCGGGCUCCAAACGCGGUAGAUGCGGCGGACCUGCUGCUCGCCGUCGCCUCCGCCGCCACCGCUGGCGGACUCCCGGGGCGGCAGCCGGGCGUACCCAGCGACAACUCUGCCUCCCACGCCCCAGCGUCGAUAUCGGGCGGUGGUGGCGGCACCGCGGCCGCACGGGCGAGCAACAGCAACGCGACGACCGGCAGCAACAAAGGGCGGACGUUGGGAACCAGCGUGGUGAGCGGUGGGGCCGCCGCCUCUGGGGGGUCCAUAAGCGGCACGCACCGCAACUCUACCCAGAGCUUCGCGCGAGGGAUCGGCACCCCGACCAGCGCCGUACCGCACCCCCAGCCGUCGUCCGUCUCCUUUGCGAGCAACGCACACAGCUCCAAGAUUCACCCGGCCGGCGCGAGUGGGGCGUGGAAGGACGCCGCCAGCCCCGUCGGCUUCCCUGGCAAGCAGCAGAACGCCAGCCCACCCGAGCUGAAAGACAGCCGCAAGUGCGUCCUUGUCCUAGAGCUGCUGGACGCCCUCGACGCCCUGCUCAACAGCGCCGAGACAAAGCAGAUUGUGCGGUGGGAGUGCUUCAUGGUGCUGGCGGCGGAGGGCCACGGCUACAUUCACAAGUCCCAGCUCGUCUUUCUGCGACGGCAUGCCUACCGCGACGGGUCCGUGUCAGAGGCAAGCGCGGCUGUCACGGCCAGCAUGGUUCGCGCCCUCGAGGAUGCCUUCAGCGUCGUCGCCGCCGAGGAGGAGGCAGCGUUCUUGAAGGCGAAUAGGAAGGGACGUAAGGGCGCUGCGGCACGAGCGAGCGUGGGCGCCCAUCAGAAGUCGGCCAUCCCGCUGCAUCUGAUGCGCAAGUCGCACAUGGACUUCGAGCUUUUCUGCCGGUUUUUCGAUGCGCUGCCGCAAAUGUCGGCCGCCUUUGCGCAUGUGUGGCUCCCACUGCUCAUAAGCGGCGCGCGGAGGCCACUGACCCCGUCUACGGUAUCCGAGGAGGAGGAGGAGGGUGGGCCCCUCUCUGGUGGCAAGACUACUGCGGUAGAAGAUGCGGUGUUAGGGGAUGGAGAAGCUGGGAGGCGAAAGGGCGCAGAAGGGUUAGACAGCGUCCAGGACGCGAGUUUCCCUAAGAUGAGCGGGGGCGGCGCCGAGGCGGUGGCUCGUUCGUUGUCGAAGCCCAUCAGCGCCCCGGGUGUGGGUGGGGAGGACGAUGAGGGCUUUCCGUUAGAGUUGCUGGGCGACACGCCCUCCGUCCGUCAGGCGGCCAUCCAGCGGAUGCUGACGAAGCGGUUGGAGCAGCUGCAAGAGGCGUGUGAUGCGUUGGAAAAGGAAAAGCUGCAGGCUGAGGCCGCCGCAGCGGCAACUGAGGCGUUUGGCAGCCCGGAGAUCGCAGCAACACCUUAA